GCUUGCCGUUAUUACAAACCCCGUGUGUUUUCAACGGAAAUGUUGAUACCCCGCCCGUGUAGGCUUGCGUGUGAUUAAAAAAUAUCGAACUAAACGUUUCCCGCGCGAUAUUGCUUUGUCUGGAGUUUAAUAACGCCAUAACAGCAAAAACCGUAAAAUGGAAGGUAUACUUGAUGUCCCGAAACCCAGAAUAACCUGCGGUAUGUUGUCGCAGUACAUAGGCAGACCGGUCUGCUUUGUUGGGCGUGUUGAAAAGGUUCACCCAACAGGAAAAACGUUCACUGUGUCGGAUGGAGAAGGAAAGAUUGCAACAGUUGAACUUGUGUGUGUUCUGGACGAGGAGCUGAGUGGUGUUGUGGAGGUCGUCGGCAUGGUGUCCAACAAAGGAGCAAUAAUGGCCAGCACGUACAACGUGCUGCGAGAGGACAAGGGCAUUCCUUUUGAUCUAGAGCUGUAUGCUGAAGCCCUGAAAGUCAUCCAUGAGUUCCCCCAGCACUACCCUUUUGAAGUGGCUGCAAGUGGAUGAGGGUCGCCAUGGCAACAAGUUCACUGGCCAUUGUUUGUUUCAUGUGGCCCGUUUUUUGUUGAGUGAAAAUUUGAUUUGUACAAAAGAAAAUCUGUAAUAUUAAGUCAUUUCUGUCAGUAAAAUAAAAUGUGUAAAGACCAAA